UUUCCGCAUUGGUGCCGCACCAAACGCUGUAAACAUGGCGUCGGCCCUCGGUAGCCUGGCCAGGCUGUCGGCCCUCAGAAACGGCCGCUCCUCACCGCCGACUCCCUCUAACGGGCCGGGGAGGACCGCGACACCGUGCCGGACAGCCGUGUACACGUCAUCCGGUGCCAUUCUGCCCAAACCCAAGAAGACCCCCUUCGGCCUAAUCCGGAUUGCUCUCGUAGUGGUGCCCUUCUUGUAUGUGGGGACUCAGAUCAGCAAGAACUUUGCUGCGCUGCUGGAGGAGCACGACAUCUUUGUCCCCGAGGACGAUGACGAUGAUGACUGAAGGGUCUGUAGGCUUCCUGGUUAUCAGAUCACCUUGUUUUGUCACUAACACGGGGAGGAGUCAAUGAGCCUCUGAACGGAUAAAUGUCUCCCCCUGCUUUGUUCUUGAGUCGCCUCCAAUUGCACUGGAUUCAAGGUUUUUGCUGUUAUCAACACUGAGAUGGGGCUGUUCCAGACUGAUCUUAUCGUACUGUAUUUGCAUGACAUACUUAAGUCUUAAUAAAGGGAAAGACGAUUGUAAAAUGCAGCGCAUGCUCAAUAGACCUUGGUGAAACCUGAUGGCAUUUGUGCACUAUUGAAUAUAAAGUGUAAUGUUAUAGUCUGUUACAUUCAGUUAAGUGACACUACGUUCUCAUUGUUUAUGACACAAGUAUGUCCUAAAUUCUACUUUGAAUAAACCACCAAUCAAAAAUAUAAUCCAAAGAGGAAAAUGAAUAAAUCCCAACAAAAUUUAAACAUAAAUUUACAGCAUACACAGUGAAUUAUCCUUAAACACGUGCUUGAGUUUGUGAGGAGAGACUGGGAACAAUUAAAAACAUCAUCGGUUUCUUGGAGAUGCUGUCUGCCUUCAGUACAGGAUUUCCAGGUAUGUAAAAUAUCAGACCAACAGUGCUUCUAUAUGAUCUUAAGGAACAGUUCCUCCUAUAUCUCCAAAUGGAAGACAUUGUUAUG